CAGCCGGGCGCGUCCCAGACCCAGCGGCUGCGGAGGCAGGACACGAAGGUCUCCAUGUCAUUUACAAUGGAAUGAAGUUAUCAUCAUUAUCUUCAUUUUGCAGAUGGGGAAGACUGGGGCACAAAGAAGAGAAGUGACUUCCCUGGGUGUUACAGCAGAUGAAAUAGAUUAUGAUAAAUUCUAUGAGACAGUACAAACCCUCUUUGGUCCAGAAGUGAAGGAUCAAGAUGUUAAGACCUUUUUCAGGAAGAUUAGCAACAAUCCUGAUGGAAGAAUAGAAUGGUGUGAGAUCUUUGGCUAUUUUAUAGUAGAAGGUGAUGCCCUCACUUCCCAGCUAGAUGAAGAAAACAUGGUUUUCCUGGUGUCCCGAAGACAGCGGAUUACAAAAGCAGGUGUCAAGAGACGAGAUGUGAUUAAGUGUAUAGCAAAGGUGCCACAAUUGGAUUUCAUGGUAACAGCAUCUCAGAAAGGAACGUUAACCAUUUUUAACAGUCAGAUGAGGGUUCUGACAAGCACAAACAUUGCAGAUAGUUCCUGGGUUACUGGAUGUGAUUAUCUUACUCAGCUCAAACGGAUUGUUGCUGUAACUGAAAGGACUGUUGUCGUCUGGGAUUAUAAAUCACAAGGCAGCUGCCAGGAUAAUUGCUUUAUCAUCAAACCAAUGGAACAUUGUCUGCUCUGUGUUUGUACGGUGAAUUUAGGAGAUCAGCUAGCUAAGGAUGACAUCCUAAUGGGAGAUGAUGGGGGUCAUGUCAACCUUUUUACAGUGACCAGCGAUGACUUUGGACUAAAGCAAUCAAAAGCCAAAAAGAAAUCACAAUUGCAGAUCCUGGACUCCAGGAAAUUCAAGAAUAUUAAACGAAAACUCCAUGAUGACUGGGUUGUGAAGGUUAAGUUUAUCUCUGCCCUGAAUUGUUUUGGAUCCUGCUCCUUAGACAGUGUUCAUUCGUUCGUUUUGGAUGACUUAAAGAGACUAGAGGACAACUUACCUGUCAGGGAGUUUUCUGUCCCAAGAGGAGUUAAUGCCUUCACAUACUGUGGAAAAGCAAAUAUCAUUGUUACUGGGGGUGAUGAUAAAGUUCUCCGUUUAUGGCAUCCCAAUAUAAACACCAAGCCAGUGGGCAAGUUGUUGGGACACUUAUUUAGUGUCAUGGAGAUUGUCACAAAUGAAAAAGAUCAGCACAUUAUUAGCCUUUCCACUGCGAAGGUUUUUAGAGUGUGGGAUAUACAGACCCUUUCGCUGCUGCAGAUCUUCCACGAUAGUCAGGGGAAGGCUGGAGAAAUGCAGAUCUAUGCCAUGAUAUUUGACAAUAACCAUGGCACGCUUAUUACAGGGUCAUCAGUCAUUGAUAUUUAUCCUCUAACCCGGAUGAUACAAGACACCAAACAGGUUCCACAAACGCAUGAAAGAAACAUCAACGUACUGGCUUACAACAGGGCUUUUCACCAAGUUCUCACUAUCUGUGCUGAAUCUAUUGUGAAGGUCUGGGAGCUAGAAUCCGGGCACCAAAUCUACCAGAUUGAAGAUGCCCAUGGGCCUAAUAUUGAAGUGACCUGCGCAGCAAUUGAUAAAAAUGGGUUUCACCUUGCUACAGGAGCCUGUGAUGGAACAUUGAAAAUCUGGGAUUUUGGAAGUGGGCAGGAAAUUAAAGCUUUGCCUGUAGCAAAUGACAGCAAAGAUGAUGAGCAAUGGCUGCUGCAGCUAGUUUAUCUGAAGGCUAGUGAGAGUCGGCAUGUGAUCCUGGCUUUGGAGCACAGUGGGGAGAUCAAAAUCAUUCAGGGUAAUGAAGGUGAACCUCAUCUGACUGUUACAUGGGAGCUCCCUGAGGCUGUGUCACUUAUUCUGCAAGAGAAUCCAGUUAUGUCUCUAUGGCUGAAACCCAAUGCCAGGAAAACAAAUGGAUUUUUUCCAGAUGUUCAGCUGUUGUCUGACACAGGUCCUAAGAGAAAUAACGAAACCCAGAAUUUACCACUGGGUGAAGAAAUUAAGUGCUUUGAUGUGUUAAAAGUAGAAGGAUACAGUUUGAUAGCUACUGGAAAUGCACAUGGUGCAAUAACCUUGUGGGAUUUUGAAUCUGCCACUGUCAGAUACUUGGAUAAAACUUAUCAGGGUGGUCAAAAUGCUAUCGCUCAAGUAUCUGGAGUCAAUGCUGUGCUAUUCCUUUUCCGGAGUGCUUUCUUUUCCAGUCUCUCCUCCUCCACCACUUCAUCCCUUGUAAGUGAUACGACAGCCACACAGGGUGCAGAAGGCAGCCACUUGAGUCUAAACAAGGAAGAUGUAAACAAUGGAGAGUCUUCAGCAACAGUAGAAGGGGAAGGGACAACCAACGAGAAGGAUGUGCAACCCUCUGACACCAAAAAAUCAGCCUCUGGCUUCUCCAGAAUCAUAGCUGAACAUACAUGCUCACCAAUACUGGCAUCUGCUCAUGAAAAUGGCUGUGUCUGUCUAUGGACUAUUGGGGGAGAUUUACUGAGAGAAGUUUUGCCCUUCACAAAGCAUCCUGCAAUUCCUCUGACUGCUCUGUGCACCGAUAUCUCUGCUAAAAUGCUUUUAGCAGCCACCAAGGAGGGGCAUAUUAUGCGCUGGAAUACUGGUUCAUUCCUAGAAGAUCCAAAAGAUGAAAAUAAGCAAAUAAAGCAGCAGCUCUACUGGCGAGCUCAUUCCACCAAAGUGGUCAGCCUAUUCUACGAGGAGGAGAAAAACCUGGUAGUGACAGCCUCUGUGGAUGGUUCUGUCAGGCUCUGGCAUGCACCAAAUGGACACUAUGUUGGUUACUUCGGACAGCGCAGGGUGUUUGAAUUAUCAGAAUCCAGUGAUUUGAUUUUGCCCUGUGAUGUUAAUGAAUUUCCCGUUAUAAUCAAGGAAGACAGCAAGUACAUGGAAAAGAAGCAGAAGUUUGAAUAUCCUCUAAUACUGGACAGGAAGAAGUGGAAAUCAUUGACCAAAUCAUCCUUACUUUCAAAAAAGCCUAGACCCUUUGAAGUGGAUCAGGAUUUCAAGUUUUUCAAAGCUCUAGCUUCUCCUAAGAUUAAUAGACAACCUUUGGAAAGUUUCAAGUCAGGAAACAAAGAGGCUGGUGUUGUGUUUGGGUCUAUACCUAUAUACAAGCAUGAUAACAGGGCGCCUCCUGUGAAGACUGAUCAAAAGACCAUUCUGCAAGGUGAGUCUUUCAGCCUUGUACUUCUCCUAUCAAAGCUCACGACCUUAAAUUUAUGCUCAAUCUCUUUUCUUUCAACCAGCCCAAAGACCAUUGCUUCUAUUUGCACAAGGCGUUGGACAAUAUAUGCUAAUACCAUGUCCCACUGAGCAUACAAAUGCUAAACCUGCAUGGGACUUUUCAUUCCAGUUUAAUUGGCUUACUAAUUUAUAUAAACAACGGCAUUAGCGAUACAGGCCCAAAUGCUGCUCAGUCACAUAGCUGUACAUCUGCCCCCAACUGAUGGGAGAGCAUUCAGAGAGCUGGUGAAGAGCAUCCAGCCGAUCUGGCACACAUGAUGAUCUUCCACUUCCAGCUAAUGUGCUUUGGAAAUUUGCACCCUGCUUUCUCACAGAAAGAAAAAAUAAUACAAGGGGGGGGGACUGAUUCUGAACUCCCCUUUCAAUGAAUUGGGAGAAAUUGAGCUGAAGUCAAGAGAUAUCCAUUGGAUUUUUAUGAGAGUGAGAUCAGAAUCAGAUGUUAUUGGUUUAGUGAGCUAAGAGUCUCAAACACUUUGUUAUACAGGAUGUUAGUUAUCAAUACAAACUGGUGUGCUCACAGGAGGCUAUUCUGUAACUUCACUGCUCUAAAUUACUUUUCAAAGGUUCUCAGUCUAACAAGUCACAAACCUCUCCACCAGUUGGGGUCAAAAGAGAAGCAAGACUCAGUUGACACUAUC